CGGAUAAGUAACAGUACAUCUUCAGGCUGUCCGACAGAAGUGCCUGUGGGAUGGCAAUUUCGUUGAAACAAUGAUAUAAAUGACACUGAAGGGAAGCCAUAUAAAAGUGCCGCUGACAGCAUAGUUCAUGAUCUUAGCAAUAUAACCUCUUUCCAUGACAACACACCAUGUACAGACUAAACAUUCUUAUCCUCACCGUCCAAUGCGCACUCGCUGCGGCCAGCUCUUCUGGAUGUGGUACGAGCCCAUCUAUAGACAGCGGAGUCAAUCAAGCAGAUGUCAAUGGGCAACAGCGCGAGUACAUUAUCCAGCUCCCUGACAACUACGACUCGAAUAAUCCAUACAAGCUUGUUAUCGGAUACCACUGGCUUGACGGUUCAAUGGACACCGUUGUGGACGGCAGUUUCUACGGCCUCGCACCACUUGCAGCAGACUCGACCAUAUUUGUUGCUCCCCAAGGCCUCAACGCUGGGUGGGCGAAUACAAACGGAGAUGAUCUCACCUUUACAGACCAGAUUCUCGACGCAGUCCAGUCCAAUUUCUGCAUCGACCAGGACCGUAUCUUCGCUGCAGGCUGGAGCUAUGGCGGCUCCAUGAGCUACUCCGUUGCGUGUUCGCGUGCAGAUGUCUUCCGCGCUGUUGCAGUCCUGUCCGGUGGGGAAUUGAGUGGCUGUGACGGCGGAAACGAUCCUGUGGCAUACUUUGGCCAGCAUGGAAUCAGCGACGAUGUCCUGCCAAUUGACUCGGGGCGGCAGCUGCGCGACCACUUUGUGCAGGUCAAUGGCUGCGACUCGGCGGAUCCUGAGGAACCAGCUGCUGGCAGUGGCACCCAUACUGCUACUGACUAUACUGGUUGCUCUGAGGGUUAUCCCGUGGAGUGGGUUGCUUUUGAUGGAGGACACGUCCCUACGCCCUCUGAUGCUGGGGCUGCGGAUUCCUUUACCCCAGGUCUCAUCUGGGAUUUCUUCUCGCAGUUUUAAGCCAGCCUGGAGUAGCUCGGCAGUGGAGUUGCUUGCAACUGCCGUUGUGUCAGAUAUGACUUUCAUCUGUAACAUAUCUCCACUGCUAUAUCCUGUUAUAAAGUCAAGAUCUUCGCUACACUUGAGCCUGUUUCUACUAUUUUG